UUUGCAUUUUCUAAAUCAACGGUUCUCCGUCAUAAUUGCAUUCGAAUAACAGAAACCGAUGCGGGAGCCCUUUCCCCGACUAAGAAUUACUUUACGAAGAUCUAAUUUUAGCAGUCCAGUGACUGGUAAUUUAAAGGCCAUGGUCCCGUUAUUCUUGCUGGGUUUGAAAGAUGAAAUAAUGCAGCCAUAUAUUACUCUACUCAUUAUCUGACUGUAGCUUGAGCAUCUGAAAAUACUUUCUUUUUGUCGUUAGUCCCUAAUCAACUUGGUCUCGAUAAAGUUGAAUUGUUAGUUGGACCCGUAAGUUCGUCUACCCAAUACUUGUGGCGCUGGCAUCUUAAAAGUUCACUUGACGUUUGACAAAAGGCAAUUGUCAAAAUUUGUCAUUAAACACCGGAAAGAGUUCUUGUACAGGAUGAUUAGUUUCGUGGAGAAAUAGGGGAGAUGAGGCGUUUAAAUAAUCUUGUUACGUUGUUUAGUGCAAUGUUUGCAUUUUUCUUCGGUUGCUUUCUCACAAACACUCUAGUGAAUAUAGACAAGACACCGACAAAGCAUUCUAUGCCGGGGAGCGCACAUCACAACGGGGAAUAUUUCUUAUUAAUUUUGAUAUACUCCGCCCCAAGUUACUUUGAACGACGCGAGACGAUUCGGGAAACCUGGUUAAAGCUGAGUAAUCCAAUUCGACAUAAUAAAUAUCCGGAGGAGUUCAUUUAUCUACCGCAGUAUGACGCGAGAGGAUUCUUACAAAUGGAAGACGUAAAGGACCAGAUCAACCGAUUGAGUCACUUCAAGGAUUGGCUUUCACAUGAAGAUGAGAACGAUGCAAAUAAUCGCAGGGUCAUAAAUUCGAAAUACCUCUUUGUAAUAGGCACUAAGGGACUGAGCAACACGCUUUUACAAGAAAUAAACAAGGAGCAGCAAUCGAACAAUGACCUACUCUUACUCCAUGAUGUAUACGAUUCGUAUUCGAAUCUCACAAAUAAAGUAUUGAGAAGUGUGGAAGCUGUGAUGAACCAGCUCUCAUUCGACUACAUUCUGAAAGCGGAUGAUGACACUUAUGUAAAACUCGAUUAUUUAAUAAACGAGUUACUUUCUUAUGAUCGAAAACUAAUUCGAAAUUUCGAACAAUAUAAAAAUAGUCCCAUCCCGCAACUUUACUGGGGUUUCUUCAAUGGACGAGCACAAAUAAAAACGCGUGGUCAGUGGCGAGAGCCUAAUUUUUACCUUUGUGAUAGGUAUUUACCGUACGCACUAGGUGGGGGAUACAUUUUUAGCCGAGGGAUCGCACAGUUCAUAGAAUCGAAUUCUCGGCAGUUGAGUACAUAUGUAAGUGAAGAUAUCUCUUUUGGCACUUGGAUUUCCGCUUUACGGAAUAUUUAUCGAAGGCAUGAUGUGCGAUUCGAUACAGGGUACAUGCCAAGAAAAUGUAGAGAUUACCAUUUAGUUCUCCACAAAAGAACCAAAGAACAAAUGUAUGACUUGUUUGAGAAGAAUUUCUGCACGUUUGAAGCAACCAAUGAACAGAUGGUUAAGCGGCCAAUGGAAUAUUUCUACGACUGGAGUAAAACUGCUGAUAAAUGUUGCGAUACCAUCUCAUAAUCGCCAAGCUUUGCUCGAUUUACGAGAUUCAUAUUUAGACAUGUAACGAAAGUUGUUAUAAUUUUUCCAAUAUCAACUCUAGUCAGUAUAGAUAAAUUAUUUAGAAAGAAAUGAUGGUCUAUGUAAAAAGAUUUGUGUGUUCAUGUUUAUAUUAUCCAAAUAUACUCUUCUGUAACUCAA